AAAGCGAACGCGAAAAGUGGUACUAUAUAUAUAAAUUAAUAUGCAAUAACUCACUAGUCGUUCCACACUCAGUGUCGUCCACAUUCAUUAUCCCGCUAAUAAUAUCCCGACCCAAUCCUGAAUAGAUAAACGUGCACAAUUUUUUUUUUUUUCUCACCAACAAGUGAACUUGUAGGAAUUCACCAAACCCAUUUCGGUUCGCAGUCUAGCCUUGGUUUCGUUUGCGAACAGUUCACAAUAAUUUAGAAAAAAAAAUUUUUGAGAAAUACUUGUGUGUUUUUUGGCCGAAAUAAUUGUGUGAUUUUUUGGUAAAUUUUUGUGAAGAUGAGUGAUAAAAUUAAACGACUUAAGGCCGAAGAUCGGAAUGAUAGUUAUAAUAGCUUUUCAGCAGCGAUCAAUUCCAGAGAACAACUGACUCCGAGGGCUAAUGCUCACAGUUACGCUAUUGAGCUCAGCGAGCUCAAACGCAAAGAGGCCGGCGAUUAUGAUCCGUAUGAUCAUAGCGACAUUGAACAUCCAACUACAAACUUCGAGACCCUAAUCCAUUUGCUCAAAAGCAGCUUCGGUACGGGAAUUCUGGCAAUGCCCCUGGCAUUUUCUCACUCCGGAUACGUUUUGGGUAUAAUCGGAACGGCCUUGAUCGGAAUGCUGUGCACUUAUUGCAUGCACAUGCUUGUGCGGACCGAGUACGAGCUGUGCAAAAGGAAAAAAGUACCGAGUUUGACUUAUCCAGGCACGGCGGAAGCUGCUUUGUCCGAAGGACCACCGUUUUUGGCCAAACUUGCACCGUAUUCUGGAAACAUAAGCUACGCAUUCUUGCUAAUAUACCAAUUUGGCUCUAGUUGCGUUUACAUAGUGUUCGUCGGUCAAAAUUUAUCGAACGUAAUCAACAUGUACACUGUAAUCAGCGAGAGAAUUGUAAUGCUCAUGAUUCUGUUGCCCUUAAUCUUGAUUACUUUUGUGAGGAAUUUAAAAUAUUUAGCGCCUUUGACAGCUGUAGCUAAUGGAAUUACCGUAAUUUCCUUCGGGAUUAUUUACUAUUACGUAUUCGAAGAGGAGAUUACGUUAAAAGAUCGAUUGGCGAUUGGGAAAGUUAGGCAUUGGCCAUUGUUUUUUGGUACUGUGAUGUUUGCGUUGGAAUCUAUCGGAAUGGUCCUUCCACUCCAACACGAAAUGAAAAACCGAGCACAUUUCUCUAAGCCUACAGGCACCCUCAACAUCGGUAUGUUUCUAGUUGUCGUCCUGUAUAUAACCACAGGGCUUUUCGGUUAUCUAGCUUACGGUGCCGAAGUAGGAGGUUCAAUUUCCUACACGAUUUCGCCCGAAUCCAAGGCUGCUCAAGCUUGCAAAAUCCUACUGGCCUUGGCGAUUUUUACGUCAUUUGCUCUAUUUAUGUGCGUCGGAUUUGACAUCAUUUGGAACCAGUUGGGCUUGAAAACGAAAUUCGUCGACACUAAAACACCCAAUUUAUGGGAGUAUGUUCUAAGGACUUUGCUAGCUUGUGUUAUGUUUGGACUAGCAAUUCUAAUCCCCUACAUCGACUUAUUUAUCUCUCUAGUUGGUGCGCUUUGUAUUCCAGCUCUAGGACUCGCUUUCCCGGCUAUUUUCGACUCUUGCAUCCGCUGGUAUUACCUGGAAGGUUGGCAAAAAACAAUCAGCAACACCUUCCUCCUGCUCUACCAGCUCGGAAUCUGUUGCGUCUACACCGUUUUCGUAGCGGAAAACAUCAAAAACGUAUUGGACCAGUACAUGACCGACCCUCUGGACGAAAGGAUCAUCAUGCUCAUCACCCUACUGCCUCUAAUUUUCAUAAACUACAUAAAAAAUCUGAAAUUUUUGGCACCGAUAACAACACUAGCCAACGUUUUAACUUUCGUAUCGUUUGCCAUAAUUUUCUAUUUCAUUUUCAAUAAAAAGGUGUCGUUCGAAAACAGAGAUCCAAUUGGCGACUACAGGGACUUUCCUUUGUACUUUGGUACAGUGUUAUUUGCUCUUGAAGCUAUAGGAAUGAUAAUGCCACUCAAAAACGAAAUGCGUAAUCCUCAAAGUUUCGGAUCGUGGUGCGGAGUACUCAACAUUGGAAUGUUUGCAGUUGUGCUGCUGUAUGUUCUGACAGGUUUCUUUGGUUAUUUGGCCUACGGAAAACACGUCGGAGGCUCAAUAUCGUACACAAUCGAUCCGGAAAAUAUUGCCGCCCAAGUUUGCAAACUUAUGCUGGCUUUGGCCAUUUUCACCACACACGCUUUGUCCAUGUACGUGGCCAUUGAUAUAGUUUGGACUCAAAAUUUAUUGAGGAGGUUCGAAAAAAGCAAUUACGUUGCCAUUUGGGAGUAUGUUAUUAGGACCGCUUUGGUGGUUUUGACUUUUGGUUUGGCUGUAGCAAUUCCUUAUAUCGAUCUGUUUAUUUCUCUAGUAGGUGCCUUUUGUAUAUCGAUUAUAGGCAUAGCAGUGCCGGCUGUAAUGGACUCUUGCGUUCAAUGGCAGAGUCAUAGAGGCCUGAAAAUGGCAUUGAUUCAUGCUAAAAAUAUCGCUAUUAUAUUAUUCGCUUUGCUUGGUUUAGUUGUAGGCACUGCUACAAGUAUAGAGAAAAUUAUUGAGAAAUUUGGAAUUGUUGAGGGUAGUACCAAUUCUACAAUCGAUGGCACGUGAUAAUUGGUUACUAAAUGUGAUAGUUGGCUCAGGAGCCUUUUGUAUAAAGUUUGUACAUAUAAAUAUUCUUCACAAUAAUUAUUAAUUUAAGUUCAAAUUGUAUUAAUUGUUAUUUAAUUAUAUAAUUAGUUGCUUGUGAGAAUGAGUGUUAAAUAUGACAAUAUUAAGUUAGCUCGAAUUAUAGUUGACUUUUUUUCAUUAAUUUUUAUAUAGUUUCAAAUUGGCUUUGCUAUUAAUGUACUAAUUAGAGUUCCUAUUUUAGGGUAUUUAGAUUUAUUAGGUACUGUCGUUAAUUUCAGGCCUGUCUCUAUUUAAAAAAAAAAGAAGUUUUUGUUUUUUGACCAUAGAGACAUCGCUACUUAGUUUAUGACCGUACAGUAUUUUUCUCCUCAUAGAUUUAUUCCUAAAUAUAAAUUUAGUUGUUGUGAUAACGUUUAUGACACAAAAAUCAAAAAAAUAAAUAGAAGUUUUUUUUUUUUGUACAAUACACA